AUGGACCUCGACAUAAGCAACAACAGCGCCAUGAGCGCCGCAUCGCCAGAUCGUUAUUACGAAGGACGAGCCGCCAGUGUUAGCCUCGAUGACCCCGAUGUGCGAAUGGCCGCCGAGGCUCUCGGUGACCUGCGAGCCGACUUCAUCAACUCACCACCAGCCCGUCAUACUCCCCUACCGAGAGGCUCCCCGGCAGUCUCCAUCACGUCGAACCCGCAAGCGAAAUCUCUAAACCCUGCCGAAGAGCCUCUGCUCUCCCUCCUGACGACAUCCCACCCUCUCAUCGCCAACACCAUCGAGGGUGCGACUUCAGCCUACAAUAACUCCAAGAACUUCUCUCCUCGCUUCAAAUCCAGUGCCGAGUAUGUCGAAGGAUACCUGACGCCAAUUGCCAACACCGUCGGCACUGUUGGACGGAAGACGGGUGUGGAAGGGGGUGUCCGUUGGUUCUUGGGCGCUGGUCGACGACACCAGUCGACUGAUCUGGAGGCUGCCGAUGGAGGAUCUCACAAACGCCGCAAGGUCGACACGGGAGGGGAUUUGGCCAGGCUCAUGGCCGACUCGCAAACAAAUGUCAUGCCCGACGUCGACUCCCCUCGAGAUCCCUGGGUGUUCAAGCACGACCGCCGCCUGUCUCGGGCCAGCACUAUCGAUUCUCUGCCGGCCUAUGACGACUUCCGCUCGCCUGCGUACGCCGAGAACGAGAAAGCCGAGAGACCCACCAGCUCUUCCAAUGCCGCUUGGCAAUCUCGUCUCAUCAUGUCCACCUCGGGUCUCAGCGUCGCAAUGAGCGAGGAAAGUCUACGAAGUCUGAAGUAUUGCUUGAGUCUGUUGCGUUGGGCUAACGGCCAUCUUGGCGGUGUUAUCAACAGCCUGAAGUCUGCACUUGAACAGUACGAAAAGGCUGGUCAGCCGGAGGAGCAGCUUGAGGCCGGGGCUGAUGGCGAUCACAUGAUGAUCGACAGCCAGACCGACUCGUCGGAACAGGAGAAACGCGCAGAGUUGUCCCGCCAGAUCGACAGCUUCAAGGGCGACAUCCUGAAGACUCUGAAGACCUGCAUCACUACCUUAUCCAAGUAUGCCGGAGGCGCCCUUCCCGAGAAUGCGCGCAACUUGGUUCGCCGUCACCUGACGACUCUCCCCCAACGCUUCCGCUACGCCAGUGCUGUCGAAAAACAGCAAGGUGACAAGUCUGACGACGAGGCGGGAGACAAGGCGAGGCGCGAGGGAGCUCAACGUGUACUUGUUCUCGCCAAGGAGGGCCUCGACAUGAUGUUCCAGAUCAGCGGUGUUCUCGACGGCACUAUUGUCAGCGCCGAGGAGUGGUGCGAGCGACUUGGCAAGAAGAGAAAGGAAGACUCCGAGUCUGAUCUCCCUCAGUCUCAACCCUACGAGGGGGACUUCAAGGUCGCCCCCGCCUAA